AUGAAGAAUUUAAGAGUCCCUAUAAUUUUAGCUGUUUUAGCCAUUCUUCUUCUUGGCUACACCAGUUCUCUAAAUAUGAAUUCUAAUGUUGACAAAACUCUAGAGCUUAUUAAGCGUAGACUUGAAUUGGCUCAAGCAGAGUAGCUCUAAAUGUUCAGAAAUCUAUAAGACUCUAAUUCUGUCAAUAAUCCUAGCAAUGGAGACCUUCCACCAGAACAAAUCUAAAGAUAAAAAGACUAAGAAGACCAAGAAGACAACAACAACCACUACAUGUUCCUCGACUACUAGGACGACCACAACAUGUAGUAGUACAACGACACCAAAUCCAACAACGACAACUUCAACGACUACACCUCAGCCUACAACCACUACUACCACAUCUACUACACAAGUGCCCACGACUACAACAACCACAACAUCGACAACAACUCCAAUUCCAACGACAAGCACCACUACUACAACUACGACAACUACUACAACAACGACUCCUGUUCCCACAACAACAACCACAACAACGACUACAUCAACCAGUACACCUCCACCUUCUUCAACAACAACCACAACAACAACCACCACAACCACGACAACAACACCAGCACCAACUACAAGUGCUGGGGAAAUCUGAGGAGCAAGAUAACUCCUCAUAAAUAAUAAUAGGGGAAAUGCUCAAAAUCAUGA